GUAACUUCAUUGAAAAGGCAUUGCAAAUGUCCAGACAGGUGUCAAAGAGUUGAAUAUGCAAUCCGUUUAAUGGGUGGUAAGAUCGAUGAUCCUGUGGAAGUUGUGGAUCCUUUUUAUGAUGGCUUUCGUGGAAAUAUGACAGUGGUACACAUUUUUUUACAAUCACAAGAAUACCGUCGAAUACGACGCGACAUUGUUUGGAAUAUUGUCUCACUUGCAGGAAAUCUUGGAAAUUGCUACAGUGUGUUCGUGGGAAUAAGCGUUUUAUCAAUCUUCGAAUUGGUAUACUAUCUAACAUUUGUGUUAGUUCGAAAUUAUAGAGAAAAUGGAAAUUUAAAAAAGAAGUUUCUUUUUAAAAGUCGAAAAAUAACGUCGAUUUCGAAUACGGGCAAACUAUAAGCAAAUUAAACUUUUAAUUUAAAAGAACAAUUUAUAAAACAAUUUAAUCCAGAAUAUGGUAAAAUGAACCAUAAACAUGAUGGGCCUCCGCACAAAAGACUAGUUCUUCAGGGGUAGCUAGCAGCCAAGUAUAAAAUGCAAACGUUGCUAAGCAACUUUAAUAUACUAAACACCGUUUUUAGGCAAGGGAAAUUUAACAAACACAUUGCAGGCAAAACUAGUCUUGUGUGUGGAGGCCCAAUAAUAGGAAGAUACAAUCGAAAAAUACUUUUCAAAAUUGUUUAAAAUUUAUCACAUUUGUCAAAAUAUAUGCUUUAUAAAAUAAAAAUUUAGUUUUCCAUCAGUUUUUUUGUUUGUUUUAUUUUUACUUUCAAUAAUUUUUUGGCAUCAAAUUCAAA